AUGGUUGUAAUUUGCAGCCACUUAAGCUCGUUGCUCAACAUCUUGCUUUACCAUUCCUUCUUCGGACAUUCUCAUGAUCACUGCUUUGGCUUCCCUUCAGAGCAAACCAUAGAGCCAUCGUCGCUCAGCACAGUUCACUACAAACCCGAGCCUUCUGGGACCAGCGACGAGAGUCCUGAGGAGUGUGCUGUGUGUCUAUGCAAGAUUGAGGAAGGAGAUGAGGUUAGAGAACUGAGAUGUGCUCAUCUCUUUCAUAAACAAUGCUUGGACCGGUGGACCGGUGGACCGGGUUUCAGCAUGCCACGUGUCCCCUUUGCCGCAGUUUUCUAG